AUGAUACCGUACCUACUCCUAAUAUGGGCGGCGCUUGGAGCCACCACAGCGCUCCAAGAGUGUCAGCUGAAUGACGUCUGCUCGAAUUGCAGUCUUAAAGCGGAACUCUCAACGAAAUGUCAGAAAAGUGCAGGGGAUACUGUAGAAAAGGAAGCGUUUUUGUUUUGUAAUCCAAGAACUAAAAAAAUCGAUAUUGAGCACAGUAGCUAUCUAACAUGUACGAAUGGCACGUGGAAACAAGAAAUUUGCUCAGAAGACGGAAGAGUUCACUUCAGUCUCUCGACGAGGGAUUGUGUGGAUCCGGCGAUGCAGGUGUUCCAUUCGCAGGGAACUUCUGGUUCCGGUCGUGUCGGCGACGUGUGCUCCUUCAACACUGACUGCCUCGGUGGAAUGUAUUGUGCAAUCGGUCAGUGUCGGUGUCUUUCCACUUAUGUCGCCGUCGACGCCUACUGUUAUGAAAAAAUCUCACCGUCCGACUCUGGAUGCUUCUACGACACUCAAUGUGCGUCGGUCUGGCCCGAUUCUUACUGUAAAAAUGGGCAAUGUAUGUGCCCAUCGGAUGAUAUGAUUGCAGUGAAGACAAAAGAUGGAACGCUCUGCGUGUGGUCUACCACCUCUGAACCGUCUUGUCCACUACCGUCACUCCCACCACCGGAUUCACCGUCUAGUCUGGUAGUCCUACCGGCUGCGGCAGGAAAGACCAGCGUUACUAUUGCGCCCUGCAAUCCGCACUCAUCGGAAACGCCGAAACGCGAAGAGGACCUUCUGAAUAAGCAACACGACUUCAAAUGUAGUGUUCGGGGUUUUCUCGGUGAGGAACCCGAACCACAAGACGUCUCCGACCUCUACGAUUGCAUCGACAACUCGAAAUUCUGGAAGGAUCAAGGAAUGGACACAAGCUCCCAUCCGAUCGGUGUCUGUUGUAUGAAUCGAGCAUUCACCUGUAUGCAACCGAAAAAAGGGGAAUCCGAUGCACUUGGCUCGGUGCCAAGAUGGUAUUUCAACUCGGUGAUGGGAUCGUGUCAACAGUUUUUAUUCGAUCCGACUGGAUCGGAAGUGUCGCCGAAUAACUUUGAGACGCUGGAUCAUUGCGAGAGUUAUUGUAAAGAUACGUGUCCCCGUGGAAACCCCGCCUACCUCUCCACAAAAGGCUCUCCGAACAGUGCACGUCUUCCACAGACCGGAUGUUCCACCGCCAAUCCCUGUACUGAUCCGUUCGUCUGCACAGAAGUGGCGAGUCAAUCAAUGUGUUGUGCGAGUAGAAAAUCGAUCUGCAGUGAGGCGGGCGCCAGAACGAAGGAUCCGUUGAGAAGUACACCGUAUGACGCGGGUCACCGAUUUGACCAAUUAACUGGAGAAACCGCUAAUUACGCGGUGGGAAUUAGCACUCGAUACUACUAUAAUCCCACCGACGGACAAUGCCAUCCGUUCACUUUCAAUGGAUUCCUCGGGAAUUUCAAUAAUUUCCAGAAUCAGGCGGAUUGUCAGCUGUUUUGUGCGAGAUUACAAUGUCCUCACGGUAGUCCCCUGACCAAUGGAAACGGGUCCCCACAACGAUGCGCCAGAGAUACGGACUGCCCAUCAACCCAUAGCUGCGCCAUGGAGCAUCAAGUGUGUUGUGCGACACCGCAAACCUUGUGCACGGAGCCGCUCCGAGUUGGUGACUGCAAACAGAGUGUCCGUCAAUUCUGGUAUAAUGCUGAGACGAAAACGUGCGAAUCAUUUUUGUACACCGGAUGUCAGGGAAACAAUAAUCGAUUCAAUUCGUUGAAUGAGUGCCAAAGUUACUGUAAAAAUAUUAAUGCCGAGCCAAAAUGCCCCCAAGGUCGUGCCUACGUGGAUUUCUCCGGUAAAUUCAUGCAAUGCGGCGAGGGAUUGGGCGGUACCGCGUGUCCGGCCAACUAUGAGUGCACAUUUGAUGGUCUGGUAUACGGAUGUUGUCCAAGCAAGGCGUAUACAUGCUCUCUACAAGUUAAUAAGGGAAUUGGAUGUGGUUCUGGCUCGAGUUAUCGAUAUUAUUACAAUAAUCAAGCGAAAGAAUGUCAAUCGUUCUUGUUCCUCGGAUGUGAUGGUAACUCCAACAACUUCCCGUCCAUUGAGAAAUGCCAAAAUUACUGCGAAAUUGCGAUCUGUCCAAAUGGUGGAAGUCCGCUACGUGCAAAUUCCAAAGUCCGUUCAUGCUCCACCCACGAGCCGUGCCCAUCAGGAUACGAUUGUAGUGUUGUCGAGGCGAAUGGAGUCAUGCAACGCAGGUGUUGUCCGUCGAAAGUGUCAAUCUGCUCAAAACCACCUCAAAUGGGCAUGUUGCCCAAGUGUAGCAGUGGAAGUGGUCAGACGAGAUACUACUUCAACAUGGCUCUCCAAACGUGCUCCUCGUACACCUCCAACGGGUGUGACACCUCUCUCAACUCCUUCAACUCAAUCUCCGAAUGCGAGGAUUUCUGCAUGUCCGCCGGCUGUUCCCUAGGUGAUACCGUAUACAAGGAUCCGAAUACCAACAAACCGUUUGUGUGUAAUACGGCGCUCCAGAAUAAUUGUCCGUCGAAUUACGACUGCACUUUGAAUGCGUUGACACAGGAGCACACUUGCUGCGGCUCGGACGGUAUGGGCGUGUGUCCGACGGGUGAGAAGGCUUUUAUGGAUCCACGUACCAAUACGCCACGACAAUGUGCCAUGGCGGCCGACGGAAAAUGCCCGGGCGGCUAUCUCUGCAGAUUCUCCCAAACCAACCAUAAAUAUUAUUGCUGUGGGAAUAUUCAGGGCGCUCUGUGUCCGGCGGGACGGUCCCUAUACCGGUAUGCCACCACACAACUGCCCGUUCAAUGUCACAUCUCACCACUCCAAUCGUCGUGUCCGAAUGGUUUCGCGUGUAUGAGUGAUGUCUCCGGCGCGUUCCAAGGAUACUGUUGCUCGCAUAAUCCAAUCUGCCCGGGUGAAGUGGCAUUCCAUCAAGACGAGAAGACCCUCCUCCCAACCACUUGCACAAACGAGGGAUUCUCGUUCUGUCCGAUGGGUUACACGUGUCAACAACAGCCAGACACUCUGAAUUUCUAUUGCUGUCAAGGCGAGGAGAAGCAGGGAAUCAACGACGGUUGUCCCCCAGGACAGUAUGCAUACGUUCAGGAAGAGGGCGUGGUCAAAUCGUGUGACCCAUUUUUGUCGGAUGACACGUGUCCCGUGGAAUUCACGUGUCAGUGGUCACUCAAUAAUCAAAAGUACCAAUGCUGUGGGACGCGACCGACGCGGGCGAUUAAGCCCACGAUUUUCGAUGAUGGAUGCCCGACGAAACAGUUCGCACUAAUCGAUAAACGAUCGAAUCAGACGAGAGCGUGCACCGCUGGAGAGGCGAAGAGUUGUCCUAUUGGAUUCUUCUGCCAGUUCUCCGCGAAAAAGGGACAGUUCCAGUGUUGUGGACAGAGUGGAGGCUGCCCAGUGGGCCGUGCCGCUUUCAUCGCCAUCGACGGCAAUGCCCAAGAAUGUCUCCCGGGACCAGAUAUGUGUUCGGAUGGCUAUGAAUGUGUGAAGAGUACGACACACAAAAAUAAGAAUAUUUGUUGUAGUCGUGAAGAGGGAGGCUGCGCCGACAACGAGAUCCUUGUCGAUGGUCAGUGUGUGGUCCGUGUGAAAGUCGGUGGUGGUUGUCAUACCAAUGAGGAAUGUGUGGAUGGUGCGGAUUGUGUGGCUAAUGUUUGCAAAUGCUCCUCCACAAAAGCCGAGCUCAAAGGCGAAUGUGUGGACGGCGAGUGUUCCGAAGACCAAAUCCGUCUCGAUGGCAAGUGUGAAAACCGCGCAAAAAUGGGCGAAUCAUGCAAAUCGUCGCUCCAAUGCAUCUCGAAUUCUCGAUGCAUUUCCGGAGUGUGCGGAUGUGCGAAAGGAGAGAUUCCCGAUGGAAAUUCGUGUAAAAAAGACGAAAAUCAAGUCAAAAUUAAGGGAAAACCAGUGAAAAUCGCUGAAAAUUUGUGUGUAAUUAAGUCGGAAGAACCGUUCUACGAAAAUGACAAAUUGAGGGAGUGUGUCCUUACAAAUGACGACUGUCCAACUGGCUUUAAGUGUCAAUUUUCUGACCAGGCCGGCCAAAUGUGUGUUGCGGACCGAAAAAUUCGAAAUCUACCACCAAAAUUACCCCAAAACCCACGUCAGCCGAGACCACGCCCCCUUCAACUACAGUAG